AUGCGGCUAUGGAUGCUGUUUCUGGCAGUCUUGGCGGAUGCACAGGUCAACACUUGGACCGAACUGAGCCCCGGUGGCUCUCUGCCAACCGCACGGCACAAGCAAGGCAUGGCAUACAGCUACGCCGAUGAUUCGCUCUACGUUUAUGGCGGUCACAACGGGGGCUCUAGUUGUUUCGACGACCUCCAACGCUACAACCGCUCAGCCAACACCUGGUCUGAGCUAAGUCCCGGCGGCUCUCCGCCUUCUGCGCGAUGCGAGCACGACAUGGUCUGGAGCGACGCCGAUGAAGCAAUCUACCUCUUCGCUGGCUACAUCGACGAGACCACCAGUAAUGUGAAUGAUCUUUACCGGUAUAGCCCUUCGGCCAACGCCUGGGUGCUGAUGAAUCCGGGGGGCUCCCCGCCCAGUGCGCGGAUGAGUUGCGGCAUGGCUUACAGCCACGCCGGCGAUGCGAUUUACGUCUUCGCAGGCUAUAACUAUCCUGCAGGUCGCUUGGACGACUUCUACCGCUAUAGCCCGUCAGCCGACAGUUGGGCGCUUCUGGCUCCUGGCUCCGGGCCUUCGGCACGGAACUCCCCGGGAAUGGCCUGCAGCCACUUUGAUGAUCUGGUCUACGUCUUCGGCGGCUAUGGCGGGGCCUCCAAUCCGCAAUUGGGCGACUUUUUCCAGUACGACCAUUCAGCCAACCAGUGGACUGAACUCAGUCCGAGCGGCACUUUGCCCAGCCCGCGGUACGAACACACGAUGGUGUGGAGCCAAGCAGAUGCGGCGAUCUACGUCUUCGGCGGCUUUGGCAGUGACGGUGUCUUGAACGACCUCCAUCGAUACGAUCCCUUGGAAAAUGAGUGGACUUUGCUCAGUCCUGGCGGAUCCGUGCCCCCUGUGCGGUACCAGCACUCGAUGGUAAGUGCUGAUGUGUUCUACAUGUUCGGCGGUUCAACCUGGUCCGGCGGCGGGUAUAAAAACGACCUCUACAUCUACGAGCCGCAGACCAUCACCACGACCACUCAGACGUGGACAACUCAG